CUUUGCAUUGCAGAAUUGCAUCGUUUCUACUUGGGUUUUGCGCGCAUUCGUUUGAAGUGAAGCUGUUUCGUUACUAGCAUUACGGCCCUGAUUAUAUCAAUAUGGUAAUCUUCAAGUCGAAGCAGCCUCCUAUCGACUUGCCCACCGACUUGACAGACUGGGACUGGCUCUUUGAUUCUCCCUACUCACCAAUCAAUAAACAUCCUCGGAGCGAGCUUGCCGAUUUCCUAAAUGCCAUCACAAAAGAACGCGUGGACUGGGCCGAUGUGAAGAGGUAUUCUACAUACAUCUCCACGGCCUUGGUUAAAAAUUAUGGUCUUAAAGAAGAGCAGACUGUUGCGCUUUUCAGUCAGAACACAGUAUGGUACCCAGUAGCGAUGUUUGCGGGACUCCGUGUUGGCGCGAGAAUCAGCGGUGCAAGCCCAGCCUACAAUGUCGAGGAAAUGACUUUUGCGCUCAAGACUGCGGACGUAAAGUUCUUGAUGACUACGCCAGGAAGCAUGGAAAUUGCAGCGGCGAGCGCAAAAGCAGCAGGAAUACCUCAGUCCAAUGUCUUCUUGCUAGAGGGCGAGCUACCCGGGUAUACCACCGUCCAGGAUUUGAUCCGCAUGGGGGAGUCGUAUGGCGAAUCAGGACAGGUACCUGCAUACAAGCUUCCUCCUGGCAAGAAAAAUAAGGACAUCUGCGGCUUUCUCUCCUUCUCGUCGGGAACCACAGGUCUUCCAAAGGCCGUCAUGAUCAGUCAUCAGAAUGUGAUUGCGCAAUGUCUUCAGAUACAGCAGCUAACGCCGGAAUCGCACAAGAAAAUCAUGGCAGUGCUUCCAUUAUUCCACAUUACCGGGCUGGUUCAUCAGAUGCAUCUUCCGAUUCUCCUCAACGCCGAAGUAGUCAUGCUUCCGCAAUUCACCAUGGAGAACAUGCUCAAAAUCAUUGUCGAAUACAAGCUCACAGAGCUUCUCCUGGUCCCACCGAUCAUCAUCAGACUCGUCCGCGACCCCCUCGUAGACAAGUACGAUCUCAGCCACGUUACUCGCUUCUCGUCGGGCGCGGCCCCGCUCUCCGAAGAAAUCAUCCACCAGCUGCAGAAGAAGUUUCCCAAUACAGGAUUCAAACAGGGCUACGGAAUGACCGAGUCAUGUUCCUGCAUCACUGCACAUCCAGCUGACAAGUACUCGUACAAAUACGCGCACUCGGGCGGCGCCAUUGUCGCCUCCACCGAAGUCAAAAUCAUCAAGGACGACGGCACAGAAGGCGACGUCGGCGAGCAUGGCGAAGUGCUCGCUCGCGGUCCCCAAGUCGUAAUGGGCUAUCUCAACAACGAAAAAGCCACGCGCGAGACGUUCGACGCAGACGGCUUCCUGCACACGGGGGACCGCGGCGCCAUCGACGCAGAAGGCAUGAUCUACAUUUCCGACCGCAUCAAAGAACUCAUCAAGGUAAAAGGCAUCGGCGUUGCGCCCGCCGAGCUCGAAGACCUGCUUCUCGGGCACCCCAAAGUCGAGGACGUGGCCGUCAUGAGCGUGCCCGACGAGUACUCCGGCGAGCGGCCCAAGGCGUACGUGGUGCUCAAGCCAGGGAUCCACGAGAACACGGCUGUCGGCAGGGAAAUCAUCGCCUAUGUGAGGGAGAAGAAGGUGCGCUACAAGUGGGUCAAGGAAGUCGAGUUUACACAUGAGAUUCCAAAGAGUCCCUCCGGCAAGAUUCUGAGGCGAGUGCUGCGUGACAAGGAGAAGAGUGAAGUGCGUAGCCUUGUUGUGAGGGAUGAAGAGAAGGCUAGGUUGUAG